AUGGGUCACGGCCACUCCCACGGCCACUCGCAUGGUCACUCGCACGGCGGCCAUGGCCACUCGCACGGCGAGCCCUCGCCAUACGACAGAGACUGCCAAGCUCCUGCUUCGGCCGCAAUUUGGUCGUUCAUGGCGGCGUUCGUCGGCGGGCUGUCCUCCGUCUCCCUCCCAACACACGUCGCCGGCUACUUCCUCCCACAAAUCUCGCAGACCACUUUGCUCUGGGCGACUGUCGUCGUUUCGGCGGUGUACGCAGCACUCUGCGUCUCGUCGUUCUUCCGAGUGAUGGAGGAGGCCGUGAGCGCGGGCUAUAGGGCUCCAAUCCGACAGCGUUUCGACGAGAAGAGCGAAGAAGGAAGGAGGGCGAAGGAAGUGUAUGACGAGAUCGAGCGAGAGUGGCAGGGGCGGAUGCAGACUCUGUCGCGGAUCAAUGGGGCGGCGGCCGGAAUGCUCGCACUUGUCGUCUGCCUCUCCAUCGCGCUGUUCGCGCUCGGGCUGCGCUUCUCCGUUGACGAGUGGACAAAGUGGUGGUGA